ACACAGAAUAUAGCCACGAUUUUUCUCACUUCCUAUAUUUGUUACCGCUGAAUUUAUUUAUAGAAAAGUCGAUUGCUUUUAUCGUCUCUCACUAAAUGCUCCAUGGAUCCACUCUUGGGCUCCUUCAGUAAUUAGUACUGUCCGAGACCUGACAAUCUCUUUCGCUCUACUCUCUCUAUCUAACCCUUACUUACCUUUAUUCCCCCCUCAAAUGUUCUGAGUUGCAUCUCCUUCCCAGACGCUUUGUACAGUUAGCUCAGGAGUUCCUUUUUUGUUAAAUUUAUUUACUGCAAUUAUCACAAAGGAGGAUAAAUAUGAAUCACUGUGGGAUUCAGCAAAGCGCUUUGGUUUGCCCUAAGCCUCGCCGUCUAGGUCAGCUCAAUAGUGAUGUAAACGACCCCGUUAGGCCUUUCAGAUGGUAUUUCUGCAAUCAGCAAGAGGGGUCUGAUUCAAUGGCUGCAGCUGAUAUAUUGGAGGAUAUCAUUCUCAUCAAGGGUAGUUAUCAUGAUGCAGAGCAAGCAACAGGACCACAUCAUGUAGCCUCGUCGCCCCCAUUUUUUUGUGGGUCUCCGCCGAGCAGAGUGUCUAACCCAGUAGUUAUGGAUGCUAGGUUUGGGGAUGAGCAGCAUAUGGCUCCGGUUUCGCCUCGAGCAAUCCCAAUCCCCUCCUCCGGUGUUGUUUCAUCUCCGUCAGCAUCUGCUAACCGGAAGGGUGGAUGCGUCCGGGCAAGUUUUGGAAACAACCCGGCAGUGAGGGUCGAGGGUUUUGAUUGUCUCGAUGGGGAUCGGCGUAACUGCAGCAUCCCUGCCCUGGCUUGAGAUGAAGAUACAAUCAUCGCCCUACCUGAAAAUGAAGAGAAGAGAAAGUAAAUACAUCAAGCCAGAUUGACAGGAAUUUUGGAACAAUUUCCAUUACCCAUUGAGAGAAAUUUGAGUUUUUGUUUUGUUUUGCUAAAGAAAAGUCCUUUUGCCCGAGGUAAAUAUGUUAGGAGGGUCUUGUAAUUAGUAGUGGUCUGUCUGUAAGUAUAGAGUAAGCUGAGUGUUGGUUUUAUUAACUAGAAUAAUUAAGAAGAGAUUUAGGAUUUGAUAUUAUGCAUUUUUAGGACACGAGGGAAAACCCUCCAGUUAUAUUAUAUAUAUAACCUAUGGUGAGCUCAGUUUGGGGUUGUCAUGGGGAUAUCAAUUUCAGUUAUGUGCAGCUCAUUGAAGCGAUUUUUACAUAAACAGACGGAAAGGUCUAUGUAAUCAGGCGUUGUGUGAGUCGUUUUGUUUAGUCAAUGCACUUUUGUAAAUUAUACAGUAUAUGUAUAUAUAUACCAGGAGUAUUUAUUUAUACGGGGUAUGUAGUUAGAUUUUCCUCAUCUUUUGUCUGGAUGCUUGGAUUCUUUCUUUGCGCUUUUUCUUUUCCUUUUGUUUUGCUGCAAAAGCCAGCG